GCCGGGCUCCGCGGAGGGCUGUGCAGAAGCUGCGGCCUGUCACGUCUGUUGGGCAGAAGAGCUUGGCAGCGCUUGUGAGGGAGGGACAGCGGGGCCGGACAAUGAUACAGAGUGCUGUUCUCUCAGGUCUGGAGUUCUUGGGCCAGAAAACUGAAAGCCGGUAAUUCCUGGGGACCGCUCUGCAAUCUGGUUUCUGGGAAUACCAGGGGCGGGGCUCCACAUGUCCCUCCAAGUAUUAGACUUUGCUGUGGUGAGUGAAGAGUAAGCCCAGUUGUUGGUUCCAAAUGCCUGGAGACCCUGGAGUGCUCAGCCUGUAUCCAUCCAGAUACAAUGGCCACAGAAGCCCAGAAGCGCUUUUUGGAAGGGCAGACAUACUCAGUGCCCCUGAUCCAGCCAGACCUACGCAGGGAGGAGGCUGUGCAGCAGGUGGCAGAUGCACUUCACUAUCUGCAAAAGGUGUCAGGUGAUAUCUUCAACAGGAUCUCUCAGCGGGUGGAGGCCAGCCGGGCACAGCUCCAGGCAAUUGGGGAGAGAGUCACACUUGCCCAGGCAAAGAUUGAGAAGAUAAAGGGCAGCAAGAAGGCUAUUAAGGUAUUUUCCAGUGCCAAGUAUCCAGCCCCUGAACGGCUGCAGGAGUACAGUUCCAUUUUUGCCGGUGCAGAAGACCCAGCUAAGCAGAAAUGGCCAAGACAUAAGAUUCAGAGCAAACACCAAAUGCUGGAUGAAAAAACUCUGCAGGAAAAGCUCAAGUAUUUCCCUGUGUGCGUGAGCACCAAAAUUCACCAGGAGGAUGAUGCAGAAGAAGGCCUUGGCAGCCUUCCCAGGAACAUCAGCUCCCUCAGCUCCCUGCUACUCUUCAAUACCACCGAGAACCUAUACAAGAAGUAUGUGUUCCUGGAUCCUCUGGCUGGAGCAGUGACAAAGACCCAUGUGGCUCUAGAAACAGAGACAGAAGAGAAGCUCUUUGAUGCACCUCUCUCCAUCACCAAAAGGGGACAGCUAGACCGCCAGGUCGCUGAAAAUUACUUCUAUGUGCCAGAUCUGGGCCAGGUCCCUGAAAUUGAUGUGCCCUCCUACCUGCCAGACCUGCCUGGUAUUGCUGCAGAUCUCAUGUACAGUGCUGACCUGGGCCCUGGCAUUGCACCCUCUGCCCCCAGCAGUGCUGCUAUUCCAGAGCUGCCCACUUUCAACACUGAGUCGGUGGAGCCUUUGCAACCAGAUCUUCAAGAUGCUAAGCUACUGCCACCUCCUCCCCCUCCACCUCCCCCACCGCCUCCUGUUACGCCAACUCCGGUGCCUCCUCCACCGCCCUUGCCCCAGCCCACAGCACCCUUGGAACUGGCUCAGUCAGCAAGCAAGGAGAGCAGCAACACAGUGCCUGCAGCUUCAGUCCAAGGAGCCCCAAAGGAGGUGGUAAACCCCUCCACUGGGCGUGCCAGCCUCUUGGAGUCCAUCCGCCAGGCCGGGGGCAUUGGGAAGGCCAACCUUCGCAGUGUCAAGGAGAGGAAGCUGGAGAAAAAGAAGCAGAAGGAACAAGAACAAGUGAGAGCUACGGGACAAGGUGGAGAUUUGAUGUCAGACCUCUUCAACAAGCUGGUGCUGAGGCGCAAAGGUAUUUCAGGGAAAGGACCAGGAGCCUCUGGGAACACUGAUGCUCCUGGCAGUCCUGCUGGUGCCUUUGCUCGUAUGUCGGACUCAAUACCACCCCUCCCACCCCCACAGCACCCCGUCGGUGAGGAGGAUGAGGAUGACUGGGAGUCAUAGAUGGGAUCCAUUGAGUAUUAGUGUGAAACUAUUGCUGUCUGAAAAAUUUCCGUGAAGUUGAAGGAAGCAGGUCCUUACUGCCUUCAUUUUGGAAAAAGUGGGAAAUGUCAUUAAUUAAGAGUAUGUAAAGGGAAAGCCUAGCUGUCCAGCCUUUCAGCCCCAGCACCACAGGCUGGAGGGCACCAGCUGCUAGAAGCAGGUGCUCCCCUCCCUGAAGGCAGAGCUUGUGCAGACCACAGGGUUUGGACCUACUCAAAGGACAGGUGCCUCACAGUGGAAGUUUCUCAGAGGCAUCUGUUUCUUUCCCUGUGGGGCUAAUUAACAUACAGGGAGCAGGUAACAGCUCUGUGCCAUAAGUACUUCCUUCCUUGUGAAGAGCCUGGAGAGGUAGCAUCCAGCUGCUGAAACUGGAAAAGAAGCAAACAAGGCUCUUGGGAUGAGACUUGCUCAGGAUGACAGAGGUAGCUGGGAACAGCUGAAGGAUUAUGUGGCUGUCCCUGGUGUUAUUGCUGCCCUCCAGCACUGACCCAUGGAAAGAACUCCAGGAAAGUUAAAUUUAAGAACUUUGAAUUCAGAAACUUAGGGGUUAAAAAGAGCAGAGCAAUCCUGUGCUUAAACAUGAUCAAAGGAGAAGUGCUGUAUUGUCACCUUAUCUUUAUUUCUCUUGUAAGAAUGCACUGCUUCAAUCCAUUGGCUGUUUGAAGCUAGGUAGAAAGAGGGUGAGAAAAAAAUGUUACCCAUGGCUGCUCCAUUACCACUCUGUGUUAUUCCAAUAUGACAUAAAUUAGGCCUGCUAGUUCCUGUGAAAAGCUCAAUGAUGGCAUUGUUCAGUCAAGCCUCCUACACUUGGUGGUUGAUGGGAAAAAACCAUAUGUGUUCAGUCAAAAUAAUUACUCCCCAUACUUAAGUGUACUUAAAUAAUACUUGCCAUACUUGAGUGUUUUUAUUGAAAGUAUUUAAUCAAUUUAAAUAAAACCUUAACUGCUGUAAACAA